AGGAGACGCCGGGACGCGGUGUCCGCGAUGCUGGAGAACGGCUCCCUGAGGAACUGCUGCGACCCGGGCGGGCGCGGCCGCCUCGGUCUGGCGGAGAGGGAGGCGGCGGCGGCGGGCGCCCCGCGGCCCGCCUGGGUGGUGCCGGUGCUGUCCAGCGUGCUGAUCUUCACCACCGUCGUGGACAUCCUGGGCAACCUGCUGGUGAUCCUCUCCGUCUUCAAGAACCGCAAGCUCCGGAACUCAGGUAAUGCAUUUGUGGUGAGCCUAGCUUUGGCUGAUCUGGUGGUGGCCUUGUAUCCAUAUCCACUGGUGCUCUUAGCUAUUUUCCACAAUGGAUGGACGCUGGGUGAAAUGCACUGUAAAGCGAGUGGCUUUGUGAUGGGACUGAGUGUAAUAGGCUCUAUUUUCAACAUCACUGCAAUUGCAAUAAACCGAUAUUGCUAUAUAUGUCAUAGUUUUGCCUAUGACAAAGUGUACAGCUGUUGGAACACGAUGCUGUAUGUGUCCUUAGUCUGGAUAUUAACAGUAAUUGCAACUGUGCCAAAUUUUUUUGUUGGCUCUUUAAAGUAUGAUCCACGCAUCUAUUCAUGCACGUUUGUCCAGACUGCAAGCUCCUACUAUACAAUAGCUGUUGUGGUAAUUCACUUCAUUGUCCCUAUCACCAUUGUGAGCUUCUGCUACCUUCGAAUUUGGGUUUUAGUGCUUCAAGUCAGAAGACGAGUCAAGUCAGAAACAAAGCCAAGAUUGAAGCCAAGUGAUUUCAGAAACUUUCUUACCAUGUUUGUGGUUUUUGUGAUUUUUGCCUUUUGCUGGGCACCACUUAACUUCAUUGGACUGGCUGUAGCCAUUGAUCCUACAGAAAUGGCACCAAAAGUUCCUGAAUGGUUAUUCAUUAUAAGCUACUUAAUGGCCUAUUUCAACAGCUGCCUUAAUGCAAUUAUAUACGGACUUCUUAACCAGAAUUUUCGGAAUGAAUACAAACGAAUUUUAAUGUCACUGUGGAUGCCAAGGCUUUUCUUCCAGGACACAUCCAAAGGAGGGACAGAUGGCCAGAAGAGCAAGCCUUCUCCUGCUCUAAACAACAAUAACCAAAUGAAAACUGAUACCUUGUAACUAUGUCAUAGUCAAUGCAAGAGUUUGAAAUGGAGAAAACCAAGAAUAUAGUCGCAAUGUUCUGGUCAUUCCUGCUUACUUUUGGGGGGGAUUCCCUCUGGAUAACACUUUGUGACUGGAAUACUGUCUUCUUGGUAAAGCA